CACUACCGCUUCAUCACACUGGCGCUCUCUCUCUAUCGUCCUUCCUCUCGCUUUCCGCCACUCUCCUUUGCUUCGCCUUUCCCUUCCGGCUCCGCCAAUCGCCCGAAAUCCCUCCCCGAUCUCUCUCUAUCGCUUGCCGCAUGGUUGCAGGACUCCAUGGCUCGCAAUGAUGGCGGUGGUGGAGCUUUUCUUCCCACUCCAGGAAAGUGAUCGUGGGCAUUGAAUUCGUUGUGGGAUGCUGAGGUAGUAGUGUGUUCCUUGAUCUGAGAGGAAUGAAAAUGGAGAUUCUUAUGCUUCUGCAAGUCUUCGUAUUUCACCUCCUUCUCCGUUUCUCCUCGUCCACAGCUCAGAUGCCAGGUUUUAUAAGUUUGGAUUGUGGAGGUACAGAUGAGUACAUAGAUGAUACUGGACUUGAAUGGAUUUCUGAUAGUAAUAUGCUGCACAGUCAAACUGCCAAGAUAGCCAUCCCCAGUGAGAGCAGGAAGCAAUAUAUGAAUGUUAGAUACUUCCCUGCAAACAGUAAUAAGUACUGCUAUACUUUGAAUGUGGAGACUCGGGCACGAUACCUUGUGAGAGCAACUUUCUUGUACGGAAACUUUGAUCAAAGUAAUGUUUAUCCAAAGUUUGAUAUUUAUCUUGGGGCAACAUAUUGGUCAACCAUUGUGAUAUCAGAUGCUGCAAAUAUAGAAAUUGAAGAGCUAGUUCUAUUGACUUCUUCUCCAACAAUAAGUGUUUGUUUAUCUAAUGCUAGUACGGGACGACCGUUUAUCUCUACGCUUGAGCUUCGCCGAUUUAAUGGUUCACUCUAUUAUACUACAUAUGAAACUGACUUCUUUCUCAGUUUGUCAGCAAGAAUAAAUUUUGGUGCAGGGAGCAAUGAUUCAGUAAGAUAUCCUGAUGAUCCAUUUGAUAGAAUAUGGGAAUCAGAUGCUAAAAGGAGGGCGAACUUUCUUGUUGAUGUUGCUCCUGGAACUGAAAUAGUGUCAACAACAAUGGCCAUAGAUGUUAGUACAGGAGAAAUGCCACCUGAAAAGGUGAUGCAAACUGCUGUUGUGGGUCAAAAUGGAUCCUUGACUUACCGCCUUGAUUUGGAUGGUUUUCCUGCAAAUGGUUGGGCAUUCUCAUACUUUGCUGAAAUUGAAGAGCUUGCUUUUGAUGAGACAAGGAAAUUUAAGCUAGUAGUUCCAGGCAUGCCGUCAUAUAGUAAGGCCACUGUUGAUGUCCAAGAGAAUGCUCAAGGGAAAUAUCGGCUCUAUGAACCUGGGUACACCAAUGUUUCCCUCCCAUUUGUCUUUUCUUUUGGGUUCAAGAAAACAAAUGAUUCAUCCAGAGGACCAAUUUUGAAUGCUAUGGAGAUCUAUAGGUACCAACAGAUAAAUUUUGGCUCUCAAGAUGCAACUCUCAUGGCCAAUUUUGUUUCACACUACCCAUUGGCAAACUGGGCACAGGAAGGCGGUGAUCCAUGUUUACCGGCAUCAUGGACCUGGGUGAAUUGCAGCUCAGAUUCACAACCGAAAAUAAUUUCCAUCUCUUUGUCGGAGAUGAACAUAACAGGAAAUAUUCCCACAGAACUGACAAAACUAUCAGGCUUGGUUGAGAUAAGACUUGAUGGCAACUCAUUUACUGGGCCGGUACCUGAUUUUAGCGCAUGCAUCAACCUGGAAAGGAUUCACCUUGAGAACAAUGAAUUGACUGGCUCAUUGCCCUUAUCCUUUGCAAGCCUACAAAGUCUAGAAGAACUCAGGUAUGUGCAAAAUAAUCAAUUGACUGGAGUGGUACCGCAGGCAAUUCUUGAGAAGAAUAUCAUCAUCGACUACUCCGGGAACAAAGACCUACACAAGGAAAGGAAAGGCUUCAAUCAUGUUGUUAUUAUUGUUUUCUCAAUACUAGGAGCAUGUUUGUUACUAAUGGUGGUUCUGAUAUGCUGCUUAUUUGUCCGAAAAUCAAAGAAGAAUGUGUCUGAAGAUAACAACGUGAAUGCCCAACCCGCACAAAAGUUGGGUACUUUCUUCAGUGAAGUUUCUGCUGAAACAGCCCAUAGAUUUCCAUUGUCUGAAAUUGAACAUGCAACUGGAAAGUUCGAAAAACGAAUUGGUUCGGGAGGUUUUGGGAUAGUUUAUUAUGGUAAGAUGAUGGACGGGAAAGAAAUUGCAGUUAAAGUGCUUAAUAACGAUUCCUAUCAGGGAAUCCGCGAAUUCAUAAAUGAGGUAACUUUGCUUUCGAGAAUCCAUCACAGGAAUCUAGUAACAUUUCUCGGGUACAGCCAGCAGGAUGGAACGAACAUCCUUGUCUAUGAAUUCAUGCAUAAUGGCAAUCUGAAAGAGCACCUUCGAGGACCCUUGAUUCGCGAAAGAACACUUAGUUGGAUUAAUCGCCUUCAGAUUGCAGAGGAUGCUGCCAAAGGGAUUGAGUACCUACAUACGGGUUGUUCUCCGACCAUUAUACAUAGGGAUCUCAAGAGUAGCAACAUUCUCCUGGACAAGCAGAUGCGAGCGAAGGUCUCAGAUUUUGGCCUCUCUAAACCAGCAGUGGAUGGCUCCCAUGUUUCAAGCAGAGUUAGGGGCACGGUUGGAUAUCUUGAUCCCGAGUACUACAUUUCUCAACAACUAACAGAAAAGAGCGAUGUUUACAGUUUUGGUAUUAUUCUUCUCGAGCUGAUUUCAGGUCAAGAACCAAUUUCUAAUGAAAGUUUUGGCCUGAACUGCCGCAACAUUGUCGCAUGGGCAAAAUCAUUCAUUGAGAGUGGCAAUGUCGAGGCCAUCAUCGAUCCCUCAUUGCAAGAUGACUUUAAUCUGCAGGCGAUGUGGAAAAUCGCUGAGAUAUCAAUCAUGUGCGUCAAACCUUAUGGAUCUCAAAGGCCUCCAAUGACAGAGGUGCUCAAGGAGAUCCAGGGAGCCAUCGAGAUCGAACAAGGCUCAGGGCAUCGAGUUAGCGGAGAUCACACUGUGAGAGAAAUAUUAUCAAAGAAUUCUGCAGACUGCUCUGGGAAUGCAGUUCCUGUGGAGUUGGCUACCCCGGAGCAGAAUGUUUCGUUCCCGGAGUUCUUCCUGCAACCAGGGCUGCGGUGACUGCUCGACUGUGCAGAUACUGAAUUAGGCUAUCAGUAAGUAUUGUGAAUUGAAUGCUAAGAAUUUUGGGCACGUUUCUACCUAAAAAACUUGUCAUUUUCUAGCUGUUCUUUACAACAACAACAAAGAAAAACACAUACUAUUUUCGUCAUCUGAGUUGAUAGCAAAUUGAACAUUUAUCGAGUGUAUGGUUGUCAGAUUAAUCCAUCAAAUUAAGAGUAUUUCUACA